AUGGCGGCGGAGAUGGCACUGAGCCACCGGGUGCCCCGCGAGGUGCUAAGCGAGGCUGAUCUGGAGGAGGUGGCACAGAGGAAACCUCCUGCCGGACCCUCUCUGCGAGGCUGUCUCCGUGAGGCCAGAUGCUCAGCCAAGUCCCUGACCUUCCGCUUCCUGCCCUUCCUGCGCUGGCUGCCCCGCUACCCGAUCAAGGACUGGCUCCCAGGGGACAUUGCCUCAGGCUUCAGCGUGGGCAUCAUGCACCUACCCCAGGGUCUUGCCUACGCACUGCUGGCAGGGCUGCCACCAGUCACAGGUCUCUACUCUUCCUUUUACCCUGUCUUCCUCUACUUCUUCUUCGGGACGUCCAGGCACAACUCUGUGGGCCCAUUUGCCGUCAUCUCUGUCAUGAUUGGAAGUUUGACUGAAUCCCUGCUGCCCAGUGAGAACUUCCUGGAAUAUGACAGUAUCACCAACACCACGAUAGUCAAUGAGGAACGUCGUGAUGCUGCCAGGGUGGAGCUGGUGGCCACCAUCACUGUUCUAACAGGCAUCUUUCAGGUGGCCCUGGGCCUCCUGCAGUUCGGCUUUGUGGUGACGUACCUCUCAGACCCCCUGGUGCGUGGCUACACCACUGCUGCCUCCGUGCAUGUUCUCAUCUCCCAGCUCAAGAAUGUCUUUGGUGUCUCCUUGUCUGAGCAUUCGGGGCCACUGUCACUAUUUGUGACCAUCAUUGAGAUCUGCAAGAAGCUGCCAGAGACCAACAUUGGCACCCUGGUGACAGCCAUCAUUGCCAUGGUGGCCAUCUUAAUUGUGAAAGAGCUCAACCACAAGUUUGCUGCCAAGCUGCCCAUGCCCAUACCCAUCGAGCUGAUUACGAUCAUUGUCUCCACUGGUAUCUCCUACGGUGUCAACCUGCAUGCUAAAUUUGAUAUCUCUGUGGUGGGCAACAUCCCCAGUGGGUUGAAGCCGCCCGUGGUCCCUAACUUCAGCUACUUUGGGCAGGUGGUAGGCAAUGCCUUUGCCAUCGCUGUGGUGGGCUAUGCCAUCUGCAUCUCCCUGGGCAAGAUCUUUGCCCUGAAGCAUGGCUACAAAGUGGACAGCAACCAGGAGCUGAUUGCACUGGGCUUCUGCAACUUCCUGGGGGGCUUCUUCCAGUGUUUUGCCAUUAGCUGCUCUAUGUCACGGAGCCUGGUGCAGGAGAGCACAGGGGGCAACAGCCAGGUAGCUGGUGUCAUUGCAUCCCUGGUCAUCCUGGUGACCAUCCUGAAAAUUGGAGAGCUCUUCCGGGACCUGCCCAAGGCCAUCUUGUCUGCCAUCAUCAUUGUCAACCUCAAGGGCAUGUUCAAGCAGUUCCAAGACCUCUGCAUGCUCUGGAAGUCCAACCAGGUGGACCUGAUGGUCUGGGUUGUGACAUUCGUGGCCACCCUCACAUUGAACUUGGACAUUGGCCUGGGGGCCUCGGUGGCCUUUGGACUACUCACCGUCAUCUUCCGCACCCAGCUCCCUCACUACUCUGUCCUGGGACGCAUCUCUGACACUGAAGUCUACAGGGACGUGGCUGAAUAUGAGAUGGCACAGGAGGUCCCUGGUGUGAAGAUCUUCCGCUCCUCCUCCACCCUCUAUUUUGCCAACGUGGAGCUGUAUGCUGAUGCCCUGAAGAAGAAGAGUGGCAUCGACGUGGACCGCCUGAUUGAGAAGAAGAAGAAGGCUCUCAAGAAGCUGAAGAAGCAGCAGAAGAAAGCAGAGAAAGAGAAGGCAAAGAGGAAAAAGGAUGUGGGGGAUGGGAAGAAUGGUCCAGGUGUGGCGGUGAUCGAGCUGAGUGGAGUGGAAGGUGGCAAACCCCCUGAGCACACCCUGUGCGCCCUGGGGCUGCCCCAGCCUGACUUCCAUGCCAUCAUCUUGGACUUCAGCCCCGUCAGCUUUGUUGACACUGUCUCUAUCAAGAUCCUGAAGAACAUCUUCAGGGAUUUCCGUGAGGUAGAAGUGGAUGUCUUCAUUGCCUGCUGCUCGGUACCCGUCCUCAUCCAGCUGGAGCGGGGCAACUUCUUCAGCUCAGCCAUCACCAAGCACUGCUUCUUCCCCUCAGUGCACGACGCCGUGGUCCACAUCAGCCGGGAGAGGUGCCAGGGCUCAGUGGAUGGUGGCACCAGAAUGUAACCCCGAGAGAGGAAAAUAUCUCCCCAAGGAGCCAGAUGGACGAGGAGGAUUUCGCUGCUCCCGGUAGCACCAACUCACUCACCCUGAGGACCAGAGGCCUCAUAGCCCCAGCAGCCCCUCUGAACUCUGAUAGCUGGGGCCCUGCUCUGGCCAUGAGCCCCCCAGGAUGGAGCUGCUGCGGGCACACAAGGUGCCGGCUCAGCCGGGAACAGGCCUGUCCUGCUGGGCCAGGCUCUGGUUUACGGGGCAGCGGAGGUGCCCCUGGGCCCAGCAGCAGGGCUGUACCGGGAUAAACCCGAGUCGCGUUUCUCAGGCUUCGUGUGAAUGCGUUCUCCUCAAUAAAGCUGACCUGAGGCUGGGCCACCCGCCUGCACCCCGCCACAGCCGAGCACUGACAGACUGGGGUGAA